GCACACAGCCACAGGCUUUUGGUUUUCUCCAUUCUGCAAUGAAUUCUUUGCCGUUACAAUUUUGCUCUCCUUUAUAAACAACAUAUCAGGAUUUGUCAUUCCACCAUCUCCAAACCCUCCUGCGCCGCAGACAUGGCUUUCCACCAUAACAAUGUGGCGAUGCUCUCUUACAGCAUGUUGAUUGCACCACUUGAUCCCAAUCCAGUGACUGAAAUGGAUAGGAGGAUCAACGAGCUACGCCUUAAGUAUAGGACAUACAUGGUUGAAGUUGACGUUGACUAUGUGUGUGGUUUUGUAUGGUCUGUUUUCCUUCCAUCUGUUAUUCUUUUUUAAAACCCUAACAACGUUUUUUGUUUCCACAGGGUGCUAUUAUGUUGCCCAUGAUGUUUUCCCAUGAUUUUGGAGACCAGAUCCAACAAUAUGCUACUCUGGUGGAUCCAAAACGCAAUCAGUUUGAAGUGCUGGUUGAAAGGAAUAACCAGGGGAUUUAUUUAACAAAGGGCUGGCACGCUAUCCGUGAUUUCUACAAAGUGCAGUUUGGUUCCUGGGUUACAGUUGUGUUUAUGGGAGAUGGAAGGUUUGAUAUUAGAAUGAAGAACAAGUUUGGUAAAAGAAUUCGUUACCCAACUUUUAACCCACCAAUGAAUUUUAGGGUUGAGCACAGUGCUGUUCCAGUCACCGUUGACUGGUUUGUUCCAAGGCCAUUCAUGCAUGACGGGAUGAACUUUCAGUUCACUUACGAGAAAAAGCUUGCUGUUGCUGAUGUUGAAAGUGGAUUUUUGGAACUUGCUGAAGUUGGUUUUGCUCAAAUGGCUUUGGAUAGAGAAACUUCGAUAGUAGAUAUGGUGGACGAAAAUGGCAACAUAUGGAACUGCACCCUCAGUUUUUCAAUGAAUCCUGCUCCAAACUUCAAGAUUGGAGGAGGUUGGGAGCUUAUGGUCAAGGCUAGAAAGUUCGCGGAGGGUGUACGUGUGGUGGUUGGUGCUCCUGCGGUUGGCAUGAAUUUAACCCUCUACUUCUGUGUGAUUCGUCGUUGAGUUUAGGUUACCAGUUUGAUCUAAGACAUUUUGUACUAAGCUUUGAUGUAAUUUUCCAUUGUGGUGUUUCUGUCCUUUCCGUUUUCUGUUUUUCAUGAAUAACACAA